AGGAAUCGAGUCUUCCUCAGAAGAAACCUAACCCCCAAACUCUCACGAAUUUGUCACGGAUCCUGCGUUCUUCUGCAAUCGAUCAAGAUGGUGUUAUCAGAGUUGGGCGGGAGCAUAUCGCGUGCUCUCCAGCAGAUGAGCAAUGCCACAAUCAUCGACGAGAAAGUCCUGAAUGAAUGCCUCAACGAAAUCACCCGCGCUCUCCUGCAAUCCGAUGUCCAGUUCAAGCUCGUCCGGGAUAUGCAGACCAAUAUCAAGAAGCUCGUCAAUUUCGACGACCUCGCCGCCGGCCACAACAAGCGCAAAAUCAUUCAGCAGGCUAUAUUUCAAGAGCUUUGCAAAAUGUUGGAUCCUGGCAAGCCUUCUUUCACUCCAAAGAAAGCGAAAACAAGCGUUGUCAUGUUUGUUGGUUUACAAGGUUCCGGAAAAACGACAACAUGUACAAAAUAUGCAUAUUAUCAUCAAAAGAAGGGUUGGAAACCAGCUUUAGUGUGUGCCGAUACAUUUAGAGCUGGUGCUUUUGACCAGCUGAAGCAAAAUGCUACCAAAGCAAAGAUUCCCUUCUAUGGGAGCUACAUGGAGUCAGAUCCUGUGAAAAUUGCAGUGGAAGGUGUGGAAAGAUUCAAGAAGGAAAAUUGUGAUCUUAUAAUUGUAGAUACUAGUGGGCGCCACAAACAGGAGGCUGCUCUCUUUGAAGAAAUGCGUCAAGUUUCCGAAGCAACGAGACCAGAUCUUGUUAUAUUUGUUAUGGAUAGCAGCAUUGGUCAAGCUGCAUUUGAUCAAGCUCAAGCAUUCAAGCAAAGUGUUGCAGUUGGAGCUGUGAUAAUUACUAAAAUGGAUGGUCAUGCAAAGGGAGGUGGAGCUCUUAGUGCUGUUGCUGCGACAAAGAGUCCUGUCAUAUUUAUUGGAACUGGAGAGCAUAUGGAUGAGUUUGAAGUUUUUGAUGUUAAACCAUUUGUCAGCCGCCUAUUAGGAAUGGGUGACUGGUCUGGUUUCAUGGACAAAAUUCAUGAAGUUGUUCCUAUGGAUCAGCAGCCAGAGCUUCUGCAAAAGCUUUCAGAAGGGAACUUUACUUUAAGAAUCAUGUAUGAGCAAUUUCAGAACAUACUUAAAAUGGGUCCUAUUGGUCAGGUAUUUUCAAUGCUUCCAGGAUUUAGUGCAGAGUUAAUGCCAAAAGGUCGAGAAAAGGAAAGCCAGGCAAAGAUCAAGCGCUACAUGACCAUGAUGGACUCAAUGACAAAUGAAGAGUUGGACACUUCGAACCCAAAACUCAUGAAUGAGUCAAGAAUAAUGCGGAUAGCCCGAGGAUCUGGACGUCAAGUUAGAGAAGUAAUGGAGAUGUUGGAAGAGUACAAGCGUCUUGCCAAGAUCUGGAGCAAGAUGAAGGGGCUUAAGAUUCCAAAGAAAGGAGAAAUGAGUGCCCUAUCCCGAAAUAUGAAUGCACAACACAUGAGCAAAAUCAUUCCCCAACAAAUGCUGAAACAGAUUGGUGGCAUGGGUGCUUUACAAAACUUGAUGAAGCAAGUGGGAAACAACAAAGAUAUGUUGGGAAUGUUUGGAGGCGGGGACAAGUAGACCAUUGCUACACUCCAAUGGCCGGUUGAAAUUUAGGAUGCGUUGCUGAUCACAACAGAAAAACAUUCUGGCAGGAACGAAAUCCCACCCAAACUCAGGUCAAUACUACUAACUGUUCUGCUGGAGACUUGUUUGUCGAGGGACCAACCCGCUGAAUAUAUAUCAUUUCUUAAGAAAUCCUGUGAUAUUUUAAGUUAGCAGCUGAAGUCUAAGUUUUGUAUUUAUUAGUAGUACAAGGGAAAAAAUGCAGAAGAGUCCAUAAGAAUUGAAAUGAUUUGAAAACAUUUUGUUUUGGGCACGUUGGUUGGGGUUUGGAAUUGUUACAUCAAUUUAUGAAAUGUAGAACUAUGUUUCUCUUUACGAUUGCAAUGGAUUUAAUAUCACAUGCGCUUAAAAUAA